GGUCAUUCUGCCGAAAAUGAUUACAUGGCACCAAACAAUGUCAAUAAAAAUGUCGAGAACAACCAAGAAUUGGACACUUUUGAGAUAACAACUAAAGUUAAAGAAGUACUUCAAUUUCAUAACCUUGGACAAAAGUUGUUUGGUGAAGCCGUUUUAGGAUUGUCACAAGGAUCAGUAAGUGAAUUACUGUCAAAACCCAAACCAUGGCAUAUGUUGAGUUUGAAAGGAAGGGAACCCUUCUUGAAAAUGCAUUUGUGGCUCCUAGACCCACUGAGUAUCAGCCGCUUGAAA